UUGAAGAAACAAUAUAUAUCAUACGGAGUCAAAUACCAAAUACUCUGCUAUAGGUCCAAAAAAUUACAGUAGUUCACAAUACGAAACGUGUUAAGUAUUCGUAAACAUUUAAAUAGUCAAAUUUAGAACGUAUUUGAAAGUGUGAUAUUAAUACGUUCAAUUCUUACAAAUAGCGUAUAUUUUUCGUUUCUAUAACCUCAAUUUAUGGCAAAGCAUUUGCUUGCUUGGGCAGGUUUAUGAAGAAAUUUUCACAUUAUCUUUUGGAUAGCCCAAAUAAUACAUAUUAUAACUGUUUUCCGAUGAAUCAUUUGGUAAACUGUUGUAGUUCAUUCCAGACUUUAUUUCGUCAGCCAUAUCGAGCGUAUCCAAACACGUGGUGGUUAUGUUCCAGGUCAUGCACAUAAAUAAUUUGCCUGGCAGUAGGAAGUUUUACAUUUGAAAAUUGUGCAACAUAAUAUUUUGUAACACAUUUCAUUAAUAGUUUAUUCGACAUUUCAGAGGAUAUGUCUGGAAAUGUGGUUCCAGGAGCAGACGCUAUAAAUGCUGAUGCUGAACAAGUUAAAUCCUUUCGGGAUUUCUUAAUGUCAUACAACAAAUUGUCGGAGUUGUGUUUCAAGGACUGUAUAUGGGAUUUCACAUCAAGAACAGUUAAAGCACAAGAGGACAGGUGUGCUUUGAACUGCAUGGAGAAAUACCUGAAGAUGAAUCAGCGUAUUUCACAGAGGUUCCAAGAAUUUCAAAUUAUAGCAAAUGAAAAUGCAAUGGCAGCAGCCCAGAAAUCAGGUGCCAUUCCUCGAUGAUAAAGCCUGCUGUUAGUUUCACAUACUGUCAUACACCUACUGCCAGAAACUGCUUAAUAUUAGCAAGUUAUUUAUGUAUGUGUACUGGGCUGAAGAACUGUUCCACAACAUUAGGCUUGAAGCAAAUUUAAUAUUAUUCCCAGGAUAAGCUAUUUAUCAGUAGUUCACUUUUUCUGUUUUAUGUACUAUAUAGAUAAAUAAAAAACAUGUUUAUAUGAAUAAAAAAAUAUAUCUUCACCAGAAUGCUGCGAUGUGAGACCAUGUAUUUCAGUAGAAAGUUGCUGACCUUUUGAAGGAACCUGCUGUCUGUGACUUCUGCACUGAAGAUAAAAUGCUGGGAAUUUCUUGACUACUUGAGCAACUAUCAGCUUCUAAAGAUGGACUCUGAUACAGAUAAUUUGUUAGUGUUUCUUUAAACCAGGUUUGUGCAGGUUACAUGCAGGGGGAAACAGCAGCACACAACAUUUAGGGAAGUGAGUAAGAAUAACAAAUUGUUUUAGUGGAAUGGAUGACUGUAAAAUGCAUUCUAAAGGAACUGGUUGUGAUCUGAACCAUACUUUGUGGAAUGCACAAAACAAAACAAGGGAAGUAAUUUUUUUCACAUGGAUGAGUACUAAAUGCAUGGAGAACCAAUUUAUUCUUUAUUUAUUCCUAGGAGUCUUUUGUACUACAUAACUUCUGCAUUGAUUCAUAUAAAAAUAAAUUAAAAGCAUAAGUUAAAAAAAUGAUGUUCCCCAGCCUUGAACCAUAUCUUGGAGAUAAUUUUACUAUACCUGGGCAAGGCACUAUUACAGAUAAAUGAUAUCCAGAUUUUUAGUAUAAGUAAUUUAGGCCAUAGUUCUAUUUUUACAUGGAUAUAUUUUUGUUUCUGUUCCCCUUGCUACAGAUAUUGGCCAAAGAAAAAACCUAUAGUCUCCAGGAUCUGGUUUGACCUUCUAGAGCAUGAAGCAAACAAAUAUUCUACUCGUAUAUAUAUUAUAUAAAUAAAUAAAUAAGAAUAAGUACUUAUACAGGGAACUACGGUUAUACUAUAUAAAACAACUACAGGAUUAUAUAUGUUCAAGUGGUAGCUUAUUAUUGCCCUUAUUAGGUUCUUAUAAUUUAUCUUUGAAGAGCUACACAGUUGUUUUAGAGCCUGCUGCCUUUCAAAAUGCUAGAACUAGAAUUAAUUUAGGAGAUACAAGCUAGAGAUGACAUACUUCACAGUAAACUAACAACCAUAAGAGUAAUAUUUCAGUGUAUCAGAUGAACUGAGAGUAAAUUAUUUAACAUGGAACUUUUAUCUAUUAUAAUUAUUUUAGUUCAUUGGUCAGAUACUUACAGGAGUAAUCUUUUCAUUUAAUUUCUUAUUAAUGACUGGAUGGAAAGACAGACUUGAUUUCCUUUCAGUUUGUGUCACUUAGAGUAAACCUUAUGGGUUUUGAGAAACACUGUGAUGUUGGAGAACCUAUCGUUUCCAAAUCCUUUGGAUAUUAAGUUCAAAAUUCUUUCUCCCUUCAUCUGAAUUGGUUUUAUCAUAUAACAUGGAACUGUCAAAGACUUUUAAAACUGGUGGAAGUAUGUAGAUAUUUUAGCUUGCAUUUUAUUAUAGAUAUACGAAUUAUUUUAGGCAAGAUUUUAUUAGCAUUUAUUGAUUAUGCAGGAAGUUAGAUCAUACUUCCAUCUAGUUGAGGGAAAAGACAGUAUUUUAUCAUCAUGCAUCAUUUAGCUUGUAUAUUGUGACAAUUUUUGUAUUCCCUGUUGUAAUUAGACACGAUGUCUUAGUGUGGGCAUGUGGACAUAUAGACCUACACAUUCUUAACCGUGGCAGUAAAGGUAAGUUGUCGGCUUCACAGCUUGGCCAGUAUAGCCAUGGAGAAAGCCCCUGGGACCCAUUGGACAGGAGGCAGGGUGGGCUCCAAAGCUGGUAUGGAUGC